UUUUGUUUAGACAUCUAUGAAGGCAUGAAUUGUCAAAUUUUAAGUAAGAUCUUCUAAGGUGCAAUUAAUCCGUAAAAAAACGUAAAUUUGCAUUGUAAUAUUCAGUUUUCGAAAUUAGUUUUUGUUUAACGUUUAUAAUGAGCGAUAAUAAACCGAAAUUAGAUUUGGGAGUCUUAGAAGAAGACGAUGAAUUCGAAGAAUUUCCAGUUGAAGAUUGGACUGGAAAAGAUAAAGAUGACCAAGAUAUAAGUGUAUGGGAAGACAAUUGGGAGGAUGAUAAUGUAGAAGAUGAUUUUAAUAAACAACUUCGGGCACAAUUAGAGAAACAGAAAACAAAACCAGGAAACUAAUUACUUAUAAGUUCCUUAUUUGAUUUGUACUAAUUUUGAUUCUACAUUGUUACAACCUAUAAGUUAAAUAAAUGUCAUUUUUUUAAUA